UUCUCCCCCCUCCCUCAUUCCUCCCUCACGCUGGUGCAGCUUACUUUGUUUUUGUUUUCCUUCCUCGGUGCCUUUCGGUCGGAGUAGUGGUGGAUGAUAUCAACAGAGCCCCGUUUCUUCUCGGCUCCGCGAUACUACGGACUACAGAGGAGUCGCUAGAGGACACGCGCAUCACGACAGAGAGCAGCGCGAGGGAGUUUUCUGUUCUUGUUUUGGACGGUACGGCGCGAUUUUAAACAAGAAAUAUACACGAUAUCAGUGUUGAAGAGUAGCCUUGCGACAAACGCUCCACCUGACGAGACUCCCGUUAAGUUUUGACGGAUUUUACGGCACAGGUGCGUAAAGGAUUAACCACCGGGAUUUUGCGGAUGGUUGUGGGAGAGGAGUCACUGCCUCUGCGCAAGUCUCAGAUGAAGAUGAAGUCUGCGGGCGUGGUGGACGGAGGCUUGUUCACAGAGAGCUACUGUAACAUCUGCAAUGCCCAGCUCAUCUCGGAGUCCCAGCGCACCGCUCACUACGAGAGCAAGAAGCAUGCCAACAAGGUACGUCUGUUCUACAUGCUUCACCCAGAAGAUGGAGGACCCCCUUCCAAGAGACUGCGGCCAGAUAACCCAGAAUGUUCAGAGACAGAGGUGGACAGGAACAAGUGCUGUACGCUGUGUAAUAUGUUCUUCACUUCCGCCAUUGUGGCCCAGUCGCACUACCAGGGCAAAACCCACGCCAAGAGAGUCCGCCUGGUGCUGGGGGAGCAGCCCAGCCUGCCCUCAGCCAUGACCAGCCCCACAAACACAGACUCCUCCCCUUCCACCCCGUUGCCCGCAGACCCCGCUGCGUGCCCCACUCCUACCCCUGACCUGGCAUGGCCCCUGGGCGUGGUCGGGGGAAACGGUGGAAGAGAAGCGGGGAAGUACUGCUGCCUGUGCGGCGCCUGGUUCAACAACCCGCUGAUGGCCCAGCAGCACUACGAGGGCAAGAAACACCGCAGGAAUGCAGCCAGAGCACGCCUCCUGGAGCAGCUAGCGGGCAGUCUGGAUGCCACGGAGAGCACAGGGCUGCGCAGUAGUUACUCUUGCAGUGUCUGCAGUGUUGUCCUAAACUCUAUCGAGCAGUACCAUGCACACCUCCAGGGCUCCAAGCACCAGAACAACCUGAAGCAACACCAGCAGUAAGCCACGGAGACAGGCCACUCUGGAAAGAAGAAGAGAUGAAGACCGAGAUUAUUGGAGUAAACAACUUCAGAAGAAAGGACUUGUGUCAGAAACCGAAGAGUCUGAGAAAGUAGUGCAGAGUAGCAAACUUCAGUGUAUGUGUAUACGUGUGUGAGUUUGUGUGCGUGUGUACGGGUGUCACAGGCAUUCAUACAUGCACCCGCAGUAUGCAUGUGUGGGUCAUUGUGAGAGCGUUUCUACAUUUGAUCUAAAAAUAUAUAUAUAUCUCUGAGGUUUAUUCAGCACCUAAGUGUUUAAUACCUCAACACAAAAACAGCCGCCAGAAGACUUGCGGCUGCAUAUUGCCAUACAACUCCUGUGUGAACCACAAUCCUAAAAAGUUACUGAUGUCAGUGCGUUGCCCAGAGUGGUAAUAAUCCUUUCAAUGAUAGUCAUACAGCAGCAGUGAUAAUAACUCUGUAACUAGCCGCCCCGCCAAGUGCUCCGACAGUGAUCCAAGUUACUGCAUUCAUUUUGCAUUUCAUAUACAGCGAUAGUGGCUCACUCUCAGACCCCUUGAGACCUACUCAGGCCCAGACCGUUAAAUCCAAGGAGAAUGAAAUUCAGUCAUAACAGAUUGCAUGAAUUUCAAUAAUUUUAGAAAGGAUUUUUCUUUUCUUUUUUAACCUUCUGUUUUCUAUAAAUGUGGUGGAUGUGGCAUCUUUUGUCAAGUGUUAUAUGUAAUCCAGACCUUGAGAUGUGGCAUGGUUACGGUACAGAGUUAAGAAAAGCAGCACAAAGACUUUUAAACUCCUGCUCUGAGGUGAGGGUCUGUGCAUCUUUGUGAAUCAUCUACUUUUGAAAACAUUCCCACAGCACUGAAUACUGAUGUCAGAUGCAGUCUGGAGGUGAAACUAAUUCUCUUCUCUGUUGAGAUGGGCAACGUGUAGAUAAUGUUUUUUUAUUUGUUCUGUUGCUAUGGACAGAGAGAAAAAAAACUGCACUCCCAAUCAAUGUAGCAGCCAAUGUACAAUACAACUGGGAUGUAAUUCAAUGCAUGCAAAAUGUAAAGCGUUGCAUUCACUUGCCUUUUUUAAACCUAUUGCUUGCGCGUUUUGGCAAUAGCGCUGCUUUCUAGUGAUAGCUUCGUAAUGCAUUACUGCACAUGCUUGCUCCUGAACAAAGGGGUCACCUUUUAGUACUGAACUGGCUUCAUUUCAACAUCUAAUGUAUUCAUCAGAAACCUUUUGAUACCUAGAAAUUAGAGCAGUCACCACUGUAUAACACUCCUUUUCUGUAGUCUCUUUGGAGCGUCUGUAAAGUGAGUUUCUGCGAUGGUUUGUAGUAUCAUGAGAUGAGCAAACAGGAGCUCCACUUUACUGCGCGGGCACUCGGAUGCUUCCUCUAUAAGCUGGGGAAAGGACUGGAAACACUUGAUGCAAAGCCAUCGUCUGGAAGGUGUUUUUGGCACAAGCUCUGUUUUUUUUUCUGUGACCACAUCAAGUAUGUUUUUAUUUUGUACUAUUUACAUUUGGAAAUGAGGGGAGUGAACUACCAGAUAUCUAAUGGUUUUAUUUUGCAGACAUAUGGAUGAGCAAUGGUUUUAUGCAAUCACACUAAAAUAUAAACAACCAUGCAAUGAGGGUUUGAUGUGAAAUAGUUGAAUUUAAUGAAGAAAAAAAACAGUUUAUGUAAAUAGGCAGUAGCUGCAGGUGAACUUUGUGUUUUAAGAAGUACAAACGUUUUGUAUUUAUAGUGUUUAUUUGCACUGAGUUAAACGGAGAUAAGGAAAAUGUGUUUCUUAUGGAUAUUAAUGAAAAUACAAAUGUGCUGGCACUGAAAUGAGAAUAAAGCGAUUAUUGGUU